UGGAUUUCAAUGCGAGAUUGGGGACACAUGCAACGUCGCCAAGUUGCCAGUGCUAGUAGGUACACGUGUUACUGUGUUGACUUAUUUGAUGUCUGGUGACUGGCGGCGUGGCGGGUUGAAUUGUCCUAGUGUGUUGCUAAUAAUAACAAACGAUCUUCUUGGUACUUCUGUCACUCGAGUUGGUCGAUAACAAGAAAAAUAAAACAAAAAAAAAAAAAAAAAGAGAACCUUUACUAAUACUCUGAAUUACGUUUAAUGUUAUCUUUCUAGAUUAAGCUUGUUUAAUUUCAAAACUUAUAUUACAUACGAGGACGUGUGCUGGUCAGGAAGGCCGUAUCGCAUCAUUAUUAGUCUUAUUUUUAUUUUCUAUGUUCCAUCUCUAAUAAAUAAAAUUCGUAUCGAGCUGUUCUUGUAUUCGUUUCUUUUUGAUCGCUGUUCGCUGUGUUCCGUUAUGCGAGUUUAACGGAUUUUGCUCUGUUCUACAUAGCCUCGGUUCGACGAUGCGUUAGAGUGAGACAAAUGCUUGUCCUGUGGUGGGUUCGGACCAGCAUGUAUCAAGCGAGAUAGAGCGAUGUUGAAAUGUACACGGGUCACUUAUGUUUGAAAACUCUGAGAAAGGAGACGCGUGAAUAUGUCGCAACCGAGGAAGUGUACGACUCGCGGGCGGAGCGCGGCAACAGAGGACCCCGAAACAGUUAACUUCCCGACAUCAGAAGUGGGAUCGCCUCAGCCCCAAGCCAUCACUGAUGAUCGCCUGUCCACAAUUUUAGAAAUGCAGCAUCGUAAUCUAUUGGAAAUUGUAAAUGCCGUGAGGGGCUCGCAGACUACACAAGUAGUUGUACUACCCAAGUUCAACCCUGAGUCCGCCGGGUCAAGUGCAGCCACUUGGUGCUCUACAGUGGACCUUAUUGUAGGAGAAAAUCCUCUGGAUGGCAGUGCUUUGCUCAUGGCCUUAACCAAAUCAUUGGAGGGCAGUGCUUCUAAUUGGCUGUCACAAAUUUGUUUCGCCGGAAUGACUUGGAGCUAAUUUCAAGAAAU